UCCUCCGCUGCUAAAAAACUUCACAGUCAGCCACGUAGCUUGCUCGCCAACGUCAACUGCAGCGACGUUAGCUGGCUAAUCGGAGAAACAAAUACUGAAGGAAGGUUAAUAUAGGAGCGAGCCUGUCCUAAACGGGCGUAUAUUUAGCGCUAUUACGACGUUAACGUAGGUAAUACUUGCUUAGCUGGUUAGCAUUACUGUUAGAGCUGAUAAUUGCACCGUGAGUGUGAAACCCUGAACUUACUAACGCCACCUAACGCUAGCAAGCACCCCGGAGUCAGAUGAGUCAGACUCUGAGUCUGUCCAGAGCCAAGUGAUGGAGACACAACAAAGUCCCCCGGCUGAGCUGGAGGAGGAAACUGCUGAGGACGCUGAUGUAACGGAACUGAAGCAUUGUAGCGUUGUGCUGGACCGUCUCUCGUCUGACGACAAGGUUGCAAAAAGAGAGCUCGAGGAGAAAGAGGACAUGAACCGCAAAAGUGGGAAACCCGUCUCCCGAAUCCCUACUUUUCAUAAACGUCCUACCAGUACGGGCCAGAACCCAGAGCUGCCUGCCAAAAAAGAUACCCCUGUUCACAUAACUCAGCUUGCCGAGAAAACUGGAAGUGGAAACGUGGAGGCCUUGAAGUCCAAGCCGCCAGACGUCAGAACACUCCCCUCGCCGUCAGUCCGCACUCCUAAAAUUGGCCUUGAAGCCCCUUCUGCGUUCAUUGGCACAGAACACACUUCUGCAGCAGCCCAUAGUUCCCUGAUUACUACGCCCAAGAGCUGGAAUUUGUCUGAGUCUGUGCAGUGCCCUCUUAUGACUGUAAGCCCAAGGCCUUCCAUCAGACCAGAGCAAGGGCUGGAGCAAACUCUACCAGAGCGAGACAGGAGGGAAGCAUGUGAAACAGAAGCUGACAUCAUCCUGGAUGCCCCCAUAUCUCUCCCUCCAUGCGACAUUAGCCAUAAGCUGCUGGAAGACACAGAAGAGACGUACAAUGUUUCAUUUAAAGGCAGGAUCAACCUCGCUGCCUCUGGUGAUGCUGAAAAGUCAGAGUCUGCAGAGAUCCAUCAUGCGUCUGAGGUAAGCCAAGAGGAGGCUAUUAUGGACGAAGAGCCACCAUGGGAGACAGAACCGACGAACAUAUUUGAAUUGAAGGACAGUAGAUCUUCAUCAGAUGGUGAAAAUGAGGACGAGUUGGCAAGUGAAAAGUCUGAGGUCGAUGAUUCAGGGGGCAUGAAAGAGCAUCAUGAACCACUUAUAAGAAAGUUACAUUCUUCAAAACUCGAAGGGGUGAGAGAGAGUAUUGAUGAAUCAACCUCUCCUGUAGCACCACAGAAGCCUGCCAAAGCUAAGUCAACCAAGCCGACGAAGAGGAGCAGCUGCUCCAGUUUUGCUCUCUGCUGCUUCCUGCCCAUCACUUUGCUGCUUGUAGUGGGGUUUGGUCAGCAUGUUUGGCACUACGGUCUUCCCAUGUCUGUGGCUCACCUCACAGCUCAGCUGGAACUACAUAUGCUGGAGGGCUUUGGCUUGAUGCCAGAGCCUUGCAGCACUGAAUGUCGAGUGCAUCUGGUGGAGAGCAUCCCCGUAGGUCUCUACCAGUCUUCUUCCUCGCCCAGACGGAGCAUUGCAGACAGCUGGCUACAUCUGCUGGACAAAGCCAACAGCUCGGUCCAUAUAGCCGCUUUCUACUUCACUCUACAAGGCAACGAUAUGGAGUUCGCCGACUCCACCGACUCUCAGGGAAGAAUGGUCUUUGAGCAACUUCAACAACUUGAAUCCAAAGGUGUGAAACUCCAGAUUGCCGUCAAUGCACCCCAGACCUCAACUCAAGAUACUGCCGAAUUGGCUGCCACAGGUGCAGAGGUCAGAGAGGUAGACCUCAAGGCUGUAACUGGAGGUAUUGUCCACACCAAACUGUGGGUGGUGGAUCAAAAGCACUUGUAUUUGGGUAGUGCUAACAUGGACUGGCGCUCUCUAAGUCAGGUGAAGGAGGUCGGUCUGUCAGUGGAGGACUGCAGCUGCCUGGCUCAAGAUGCCUUUCGGAUCUUUGGGGUGUACUGGAGCCUCGGUGGUGCGAACAACAGCUCCCUGCCGCCAUACUGGCCUGCUCGUCUCUCUGCCCUGUCCAGCUCCCAGAAUCCCCUGCAUCUGAAGGUCAAUGGGGUGCCUGCUCAAGUCUACCUGUCUAGUGCCCCUCCACAGAUUUCAGCCCGCGGCCGCUCAGACGAUCUCGCCACCAUCCUGUCGGUCAUUGAGGAUGCCCAGAAAUUCGUUUACAUCUCUGUCAUGGACUAUCUUCCUCUGUCUGAGUUCACAGAGCCUCUCAGGUUCUGGCCUCCCAUCGACUUGGCCCUGCGUGCUGCAGCCUGCACCAGAGAGGUACAGGUCAGACUGCUGGUGAGCUGCUGGAAGCAUUCGCCUACUGCUAUGUUCACUUUCCUGCAGUCCCUGCUGGUCCUCAAUAGGCCACCACUGAACUGUGGCAUUGAUGUGAGAAUCUUUACAGUGCCUUCAACAGCAGAGCAGAGGAAGAUUCCCUUUGCACGAGUCAAUCAUGCCAAGUACAUGGUUACAGACAGAGUGGUCUAUAUAGGGACUUCAAACUGGUCAGAGAACUACUUCACCCAGACAGCUGGCGUGGGCUUGGUGGUGAACCAGACUGGUUCUGAGGUUAAAAGAGGCCAGGAGACCCUGCAGAGCCAAGCAGAGGAGCUCUUCCUCAGAGACUGGACAUCUCAGUAUAUCAGCACGCUCUCUGUUGACGAUAUGGAUGCCUGCCCUCGUGGCACACAUUGAGAGUUCAUUGUUCAAUGAGACACAUUGUAGAUGCUUCCACUUGAAUUUUAUUUUACUUGUGCAGAAUCCACUUGCUGUACUGUGUGAGUGAACGCUGUUUAUUUUAUUGCUGACUCGCUGCCUGUUUCUUGUACAUAAUUGCAUUUUUAUAUUUCGUUUCAAGACAUGUUAUUUUAUAUUUUUCUGACAAUUGCUCUCACAAGUGAAGAACUUGCUUUGUACAAUUUAUUUUAUGCCUGGAGCAUUUUGUAUAUUUUCCUGAUGCCAAGCUUUAACAAACUCAAGCAGGAAAUGAGACAUUUCCAAAGAGGUGCUUACACCACAGCUCUGUUUACACUGCUGAAGUCAUCAGCUGGUAAUGUUUGUGUGUAGUGAAGCUAUCUGAAGGAACGUCAGUCCAGCAGUACAAGAUUCUUGUAAAUACUAUCAAUUUAGAUCUUUUUCUUUGGUUUGCUGGCUUAAGAAAAUCCAAAACCACUAAUGUCACAAAAUAACUCAUACAAAUCUAAAACAGCAUGCCUUGUGUGUUAUGCAUGUGUGCUGUGACAGCUGUGGCUGGAGGAAUAACGUUUUUUUGGUUGUCCAUUCUGUAAGUCCGUCCAAAGGCUGAUGGGAAUGGUGGGAAAGUACUGGACACCUUUAAAGAUCCCCUGAGACAUGUUUUAAAACAAAUAAAAAUGCUCUGCUUUGAA